UAACUAGGGAGUACCAAUAUGGCGGCCAGUGGCUUCACUUCAAGCCCAUGCUGCCAACGGGCAAUCAGCAAUCUGGUGAAUAAAUAGAGAUCAGUGCUCAGUAUCCAUAAAGUAGCUCUCAGCAUUGUAAAGGUUGGUGACUCCUGCUCUAAAGGAUUAAAAAGUAUAAAUUGGAACCAAGUGGAAACAAUUCAUCACCUCCUCUGAGUGAUCAGAGCCGCCCCCCAUGUUGUUCUGCCCUGGGCAGUGAGCCAUAUGCUUCAUUUUAAGCUCCCUUAUAUUCCCUAUCUAUAACAGAAAACUAUAAAUGAGUCUUCUGAUUUUUUUUUUCUGUCACAGCAUCAUUAAACAAUGAUUUAAUAGUUGAUUUAUUGUCCCCGCAUCAUUGUGUUGCUUCUAACUUCAAUUUUAUAACUUUAUUUAAAUUAUUGGCUUCCGCAAAACGCGAUGACAACAAUUACAGAUUAUAUAUUAUAACUUUUUGAUCUGUUAUCGCGUGAGAAUGAGGAGAAAUGAAGAUGACAGACUGGGAAGAAGCAACACAAACAUGGACGUAUGCAAAGCACGGGGCCAGCCACGCGCCGCCGCUCGUGGAGGCUCCGAUCUCGCGUGAAAUUCUCCGAGAUCCCAACCCGAUCUUUAGCGGCGGUGAGGCCCGGGGUGAUGGGAAGGGAAAGGUGAGCGCCGAGAUGUUUCAGUCCGCUGCAGGGGGCGAUCACAGCGGGGGGAGGAGGGCGGCUGAGGAGGAAGAGCCGCUGGAUCCCGAUCCGAAGGAAGAGCCGCUGGAUCCCGAUCCGAAGGAAGAGGCGCUGGAUCCCGAUCCGAAGGAAGAGGCGCUGGAUCCCGAUCCGAAGGAAGAGGCGAGCAAACAUGAGGAGGAACUGGAUCCCAGGAUCCAGGAGGAGCUGGAGCGGCUGAACUUGGCCAGUGAGGAGAUCAACAGACUGGAGCUGCAGCUGGAUGAUGCCCGAUCCAGCUACCGGAAAGUUCUGACUGACUCAGCCAGGAAGCUCAACGCUCAGGCCUCUCAGCUCGGCGCCUGCAUAGACAAAGCAAGGCCCUACUAUGAAGCCCGCAGACUCGCUAAAGAGGCCCAACAGGAAACGCAGAGGGCGGCGCUGAGGUAUGAGAGGGCUGUGUCCAUGCACACCGCUGCCAGAGAGAUGGUGUAUGUGGCAGAGCAGGGACUGCUGGCCGACAAGAGCAACCAGGACCCCACAUGGCAGGAGAUGCUCAACCACUCAACCACCAAGGUGAAUGAGGCAGAGGAGGAGCGGCUUCGCAGCGAGCGGGAGCAUCAGCGAGUCACUCAGCUCUGUCAGGAUGCAGAAACCCGAGUUCAGACCCUGCAGAAGACCCUGAGGAAGGUCAUCCUGAAGUCUAAGUCCUACUUUGAGCUGAAGGCUCAGUUCAAUCACAUUCUGGAGGAACAUAAGGCACAAGUGAUGCAACUUGAAGAGGAAGUGGUAAAAGUAAAGACACGGUACUCGCUGGCGCUGAGGAACCUGGAGCAGAUCAGUGAGCAGAUCCACGCUCAGAGGGGGCGGAACGUGGCCAGCAGGGGGCGACUUUCAGUCGAGGGCCGCAGCUCCCCUGUGGGAGCCGAGUCUGAGGUUAAAGGCGCCACAGGGUUUCCCUCCAGUUCCUGUGUGGAAGUCAGUGGAGUAGAAAGUGACUGGGCAGAUGGGGAAAAAACACGGCUGUGGGUGGAAAGGCACAGAAAGAGCGGCUGGGGCCAGAGGGAGUCAUGCGAGGCUGAGCAGGCGGCCUCAGAUUCCAUCACCAGCCUGCAGACCAUCGCCUCAGACCUGGAGAAAUGUGACUCAGUGGAGCACCUGUUCAACCUGAGCGAUGGUGGCAGUGUGCUGAGUGAAGAUGCUGCCUACGGCAACAGCCUGGUCAGCAAGGAAGUGGAGACUCCGCAGCAGCAGAAGAUCCUAGUUAAACAGCAUCAGAGGAGCGUUAGUCUGUGAGCAGCAGACUCUCUGAUUACUGCAUGAGGGAGAACAUGGAGAUGAACUGGCUGAUCCUGAUUCCCUCCAUGUUCACACCUCAUGGCUGCAGGAAGCAGUUUGCAGCAUCUGGUACAGAUCAGCGCAUACAAGCAGAGGAAACACUGUGGUUGAUUUUCAGACUGAAAAAAACAAAGGAGAACUCUUUACUGAAAGGCAUGUGAUGGAUAUUAUAAAGGCGCCACAAUGGAUAGAGCGCCAGGAAAUAGGUGUUUUUUUUUUUAAACCUAAGAACUUUUACAUAUUGCAAUAACAUUUUAUUGUUCAAAUUUAGGUUUUAAAGGAAAAGUCCGGUCAGCAAGG